GUCCCCUCUUGGAAUCUGUUUUUCCAUUUCUGCAGUGAAAGGGCUGACUGAUGAUUUACAAGGAUGUUUCCUGCUCUGAAACUCUGUCUUGGAGUCUAGAUUUCCACGUGACAUUGGAGAAGUCUGACGGAGACAAGGGAAUCUGAAAUGCCAGUGGCUCUGGACCCGGCUCUCUGCUCAGCCUAGCUCAUCUUUGCCUGAGACUUGGGAGUGAGCCCCGGCUCCCCGGACGCGCCUGGCUUUGCACCUACUCCUCCCUCUCCCACAUACUCACCAAAGGGGAUUUCUCUUCUACAUAUCCCAGAAGGGCACCAGGGCCCUUGUCCCCAACCCAGAGGCAGCCAUGGGGGCCUGUGCUGUGGUGACUGACGCCAACAUCUCAUCCGGCCUGGAGAGCAACAUCACGGGCCUCACAGCCUUCUCCAUGCCCGGCUGGCAGCUGGCACUGUGGGCCGCAGCCUACCUGGCUCUGGUGCUGGUGGCUGUGACAGGCAACGCCACAGUCAUAUGGAUCAUCCUGGCCCAUCAGAGGAUGCGUACAGUCACCAACUACUUCAUUGUCAACCUGGCCCUGGCCGACCUCUGCAUGGCCGCCUUCAAUGCCGCCUUCAACUUCGUCUACGCCAGCCACAACAUCUGGUACUUUGGCCGUGCCUUCUGCUACUUCCAGAACCUCUUCCCCAUCACAGCCAUGUUUGUCAGCAUCUACUCCAUGACUGCCAUCGCCGCCGACAGGUACAUGGCCAUCGUCCACCCCUUCCAGCCACGGCUCUCAGCGCCCGGCACUAGGGCAGUUAUUGCUGGCAUCUGGCUGGUGGCCCUGGCCCUUGCCUUCCCCCAGUGCUUCUACUCCACCAUCACCAUGGACCAGGGUGCCACCAAGUGUGUGGUGGCCUGGCCCGAAGACAGCGGUGGCAAGACACUCCUUUUGUACCAUCUCGCGGUGAUCGCCCUCAUUUACUUCCUUCCUCUCGUGGUGAUGUUCGUCGCCUACAGUGUCAUCGGCCUCACGCUCUGGAGACGCACUGUUCCCGUGCACCAGGCUCACGGCGCCAACCUGCGCCACCUGCAGGCCAAGAAGAAGUUCGUGAAGACCAUGGUGCUGGUGGUGGUGACGUUUGCCGUCUGCUGGCUGCCCUACCACCUCUACUUCAUCCUGGGCAGCUUCCAGGAGGACAUCUACUGCCACAAGUUCAUCCAGCAGGUCUACCUGGCGCUCUUCUGGCUGGCCAUGAGCUCCACCAUGUACAACCCCAUCAUCUACUGCUGCCUCAACCACAGGUUUCGCUCUGGAUUCCGGCUUGCUUUCCGAUGCUGCCCAUGGGCCACACCAACCGAGGAGGACAAGAUUGAGCUGACUCAUACUCUCUCCCUCUCCAGGAGGGUCAAGAGGUGUCACACUAAGGAGACUUUGUUCAUGGCUGGGGAUGUGGUCCCCUCUGAAGCUGCCAGUGGGCAGGCUGAAUGUCCCCAAGAUGGAGUGUCUACUGAACCCUGA